UGAGGUGGCCAAUGCAACAUGCUCUCCAGCUUGGGGUGUCUACUUCUCUGUGGAAGUAUUGCACUUGCCCUGGGAAAUGCACAGAAAUUGCCAAAAGGUAAAAAGCCAAACCUAAGAGUCCAUAUCAACACCACAAGUGACUCCAUUUUCUUGAAGUUCCUGCGCCCAAGUCCAAACACAAAGCUUGAAGGUUUUCUCCUGGGAUAUGGCAGCAACUUAUCUCCAAACCAAUACUUCCCUCUUCCCACGGAAGGAAAAUACACCGAGGCUGUAGUAGAUGCAGAACCGAAAUAUCUGAUAGUUGUGCGACCUGCUCCUCCUCCAACUCAAAAGAAGUCAUGCUCAGGUAAAUCUCGCCCUCGCAAACCUCUCCAGCUGGUGGUUGGCACGCUUACACCAAGCUCAGUCUUCCUGUCCUGGGGUUUCCUCAUCAAUCCUCACCAUGACUGGACGUUGCCAAGUCAGUGUCCCAAUGACAGAUUGUAUACAAUUCGCUAUAGAGAAAAGGAUAAAGAAAAGAAGUGGGUUUUUCAACUCUGUCCAGCCACUGAGACAAUUGUGGAAAAUCUAAAGCCCAAUACAGUUUAUGAAUUUGGAGUCAAAGACAACAUGGAAGGUGGGAUUUGGAGUAAGAUUUUCAAUCACAAGACUGUUGUUGGAAGUAAAAACAAAGUAAAUGGAAAAAUCCAAAGCACCUAUGACCAGGUCCACACAGUGCCAGCAUAUGUCCCAAGGAAGCUCAUCCCAAUAACAAUCAUCAAGCAAGUGAUUCAGAACGUUACCCACAAGACUUCAACUAAAUCCCCAGAUAAGACUCCCUUUGGAGGAACAAUUCUAGUCCACCUUAUUAUUCCAGGUCUGAAUGAAACCACUGUAAAACUGCCUACAUCUAUAAUGUUGGAAAUUUCAGAUGCCCUAAAGGCACAAUUAGCUAAAAAUGAAACAUUGGCAUUACCUGCUGAAUCUAAAACGCCAGAGGUUGAAAAAAUCCUAACACAGCCCAUAACAGUAACUCCUGGAACAGUUCCAAGAAGCACUAAACCCACUGUGUCUAGUGCAUUCGACAUUUUGGAAACAACACUAGCUCCAAAAAGGCUUCCAGAAUUUCCUGAGGCAAAAACAUCCUACCCUUUUGAGAAACCUGGGGGUACCUUGGCUUCAAGUGAAAAGCCAUGGGUGGCGCCUACAGCUAAACCAUCUGAAGAUUCCAAGGUUGCACGGCCUCCAACUGCAACAAGUGAUCCUAUUCUGAAAUCUGUCCCACCUGAAACUUCUAGAACUCUUGAACAGCCAAGGGCAACAACAUUGGCUCCAAGUGAAGUACCAUUUGCUUCUCAAAAAGUGGAAACAUUUCCCAGUCAUGAAAUGAAACCUACAACACCUGCUCCCCAGCAGACUAUAUCCACCCCUUCUACACCUAAACAUCGCCCCAGACCCAAAGCAACAAGAACCAAACCUACUCCAGAACCUCAGACUCUUCCACCAUCACAAUCAACAAAAGCUCCACCAAAGACCAAAAGACCGGGUCGUCAACACCACCCUAAAACCACAAGACCGGGUCGUCGACACCGCCCUAAAACCACACGUAGUCCAGAUGUGCCCAAGUCCAAACCUGCUCUGGAACUCACCACAGUACAGUUGGAGCUUAUGGUACCCACAAUCGCACCCAAACCAUCCAAGAUACCUCAGAUCACACACAGACCUGAUGUACCCCAAAUCCAGCCGGUUUCAGAACCACCAAAGCAAUUACCCCCUAAGUCCACAAUCACAGCAAAACCAGAUACGCUACCAACUAAAUCUGUCUCUGAGCCUAUUGCAUUUGAGACUGAAGCUCCAUCUGUCGCCAUAGUUUCUAGCGCAGACAGUGAACCUGUAAUUGUGAGAACUGAGUCUCCACUGACAACUCUAGCUCCAACAAUAACCCAACGAGCAAGAACUCGUCGUCCACGUCCCAAACAUAAAACUACUCCAAGCCCCAAAAUACCUCAGCCUAUACCAGAUCUUGGACCUCUUACUCCUGGGCCAUCUUUAGCUCCAACAACAAAAAAACCCCGUCGUCUACGUCCCAAACCUAAAACCACACCCCAUCCACAAGUAUCUCAGACAAUAUUGGCUACCGAAACACCACAAAGAACUCGUCGGCCACGACCUAGACCUAAAACCACACCAAGCUCACAAGCACCUCAGACAAAACCGGUUCCUGCUGUAUUCCCUGAACCUGUCACCCUUAGACCUGAGACCCCAACAACAACAUUAGCUCCUAAAAUACAACGGACACGUCGUCCACAUCCUAGACCAAAGCCCACACCAAUUCCAGCAGCACCUCAGCCCAAACCAGUUCCUACUGCAGAGCUUGAACGUGUGACACUCAGCGCUGAGACUGAGAUGACAACACAAGUUCCUAAAACAUCAAAACGGACCCGUCGUCCACGUCCCAAACCUAAAACCACACCAACUCCUGAGGCUCCUCAAACAAAACUGGUUCCUGCUACAGAUCUUGAACCUGAUGCUCUUAGAACAGAAGCUCCAGAAACCGUGGUUCUUUCAACAGUUCUUGAACCUUUCACUCUUAGAACUAAGGCUGCAGAGACAACAUUAGCUCCUAAAACAGAACGAACACGUCGUCCACGUCCUAGACCUAAAACCACAGCAAGUACUGAAGUAUCUCAGUCUAAGUCGGUUCCUGUUCCAGACUUUGGGCCUGAUAUUCAUAGUACUGAGUCUCCAGGAACAACAUUAGUUUCUGAUAUUCUGGAACCGGUUAACACUGAGUCAUCAAAGGAGACAAUAGAACCAGCUGAAACAGACUAUGUACAUACUACUACCAAAUCAUCUCCCAGGCCUGGGGAGCCAAAGACUGAAGUUGUGGAAUCUAUUACCUUUGUGUCUGAACCUCCUGAGACCAUGCUAGCUCCCAGGCAGACACCCCAUGUGCCACCCCAGCCCCAAACACCACAACGCCCAAGAUUUCCACAAACACAACCAGUUCCUAAAGCGUCCCAGAGAGCUACUUCAAAACCAAAAAUGCCAUCCAGUCCGGAAGUGUCAUACACCACACCUGUUGCAAAAGAUGUGUUCCUUCCCCAGAAACCAGACCUUGAGGUCUCUCAGAGUGAACCUGUUCUGCAACCUGUUACCUUUAGAAUUGAGCCACCAAAGACAACAAUAGCUCCUUUAGAGACACGAGGCAUUCCCUUUGUACCUAUCAUUUCACCAAGCCCUUUUCAAGAGGAGCUGCAAACUACACAGGAAGAAACAGACCAAUUCACCCAAGAACUCUUCACAACUAAGAUUCCACGAACAACUGAACUGGCAAAGACAACUCAGGCACCACACAGAUUAUAUAGUAUUCCCGGGAGGCCAAGGAUACCUGACAAACCACACCUCAGACCUGUUCUGAAUAGAACAACUACAAGACCAAUUAGAAUCAAACCCAGUGGGCUGCCCAGUGGGAAUGGAGUCAAAACAGGAAUCAAACAAACACCUAAGCCAUCAAGUACUGUCAAGAAUGUAUCAAUAGACUCUACUCACAUCACAAAAAAACCAGCUACAAUCCCAGGGGCUCGCCACCCACCCCUCCCACCAAGACCUACACCUCCUCGAAGAAAACCUUUACCACCAAAUAAUGUCACUGGAAAACCCGGCAGUUCAGGAAUUAUUUCAUCAAGCCGAGUAACUUCCCCACCCCUGAGGGCAACACUCAAACCUACUGGAACCCCCUCAGAGAGACCAGAAAUAGAUAAAAAGCAGCCAACAGCUCCUGCCUCUGGAGAAGAGCUUAGUAAUACAACUGACUUUAGCUCAAGCCCAACAAGAGAAACCGAUCAUCUGGGAAAGCCCAGAUUCAAAGGUCCUCAUGUGAGAUAUAUCCCAAAGCCUGACAACAAGCCUUGCUCCAUCACUGACUCCAUCAAGCGGUUCCCUGCGGAGGAAGCCACGGAGGGAAAUGCCACUAGCCCACCACAGAACCCACCCACCAACCUCACUGUGGUCACUGUGGAAGGGUGCCCCUCAUUUGUCAUCUUGGAUUGGGAAAAACCAUUAAAUGACACGGUCACUGAAUAUGAAGUUAUAUCCAGAGAAAAUGGAUCAUUCAGUGGGAAGAACAAAUCCAUUCAACUUACAAAUCAAACCUUCUCCACAGUAGAAAAUCUGAAACCAGAUACAAGUUAUGAAUUCCAAGUGAAGCCCAAAAACCCACUUGGUGAAGGCCCAGCCAGCAAUACGGUGGCAUUCAGUACAGAAUCAGCUGAUCCACGAGUGAGCGAGCCCAUUUCUGCAGGAAGAGAUGCUAUCUGGACUGAAAGGCCCUUUAAUUCAGAUUCUUAUUCCGAAUGUAAGGGCAAACAGUAUGUCAAAAGGACAUGGUAUAAAAAAUUUGUUGGAGUGCAGCUGUGCAACUCUCUCAGAUACAAGAUUUAUUUGAGUGACUCCCUCACAGGGAAAUUUUACAACAUAGGUGAUCAAAGAGGCCAUGGAGAGGAUCACUGCCAAUUUGUAGACUCAUUUUUAGAUGGCCGUACAGGACAGCAACUCACUUCUGACCAGUUACCCACUAAAGAAGGCUAUUUCAGAGCAGUUCGACAAGAACCUGUCCAGUUUGGAGAAAUAGGUGGGCACACCCAAAUCAACUACGUCCAAUGGUAUGAAUGUGGGACCACAAUUCCUGGAAAAUGGUAGAUGCUACAAUCAUACUCCAAAGUACUUCUGAUUCAUUAUUGGGAGUGUGGGGGGGGAGGAUCAUUGAAAAUACUGUAUUUGUCGGAUUCAUUCAAAGCUAUUUUGUUUACUAUGGAUAAAACUCUGCAACCUAAUAGCAAUAUUAGAUGUUUAUUAGAAAAGAUUGCUGAGAAUAUUUAUCAGGUUUUAUAAAGUCAGUUUAUGAAAGCAAGACAUUGACACUAUCAGAAUAACAUUUUUAGGGAAGCUGGCUCCCUAUUCAUGGUAUUUUAAGAGAUCAUUUGUAUAUUAUUUAUCACAUUGUUGUAAUGUUUUUGAGAUACUUUUAUAACAAAAUUAACAUCAAGUUAUAUACUUAAAAAUAUUUACUUUUAUUGAUGUGUACACUUUUGUUGAUGAGUUAAUCUCAUAAAUCUCUAACUUAUUGGAGCAAAUUAUCUUCAGCAUAUACAUCUGGUAGAAAAAGGUUCUAAUGUUCACAUAUAUUUAAACUCAAUCAUGUUCAGCUGUUGUUAAAAAUAUUGAAAUUUAAAUAACUAUAUAUUCAUGCUAAUAGAUUAUUUCCAUAAGCUCUCUGUAUUAUUGAAAAAAAUGUAUUUGAAUCAGUAAAGUUUAUUUCAGCUAAAAACUGUUGAGGAUUUGGUAUACUUACUUUCAAAAGGCGUAUUUUGGUUUUCCUCUUAUAAAUUUUCUAACGUCUAAAGAUACUUUGUCAAACUAUACCUUUAAGCAGUUGUCUUCAUGUUAGUUUUUAUUCUAAUCAAGCUGUAUGAAAGAAUGUGAAGUCUGAACACGAAAAGAUAAUUCAGAAUGAGAUCUAUACCAUCUUACAAAAUACCUGAGAUAUAUUUAUACAUUACUUAAAGUCUGUAUGAAUAAAGGUGUUUUUGUUUCUACUCAACAGAGCUAUAAUAAAAACCAGAUUAAUUUUCAUU